ACUGUUGGACUAUUGAAUGCGAGAAAGCAUCUCCAAGUUUCACUUGGAAAGAAGUCCUGUGAGGAGUUAUGGGUGCCCACGGAUCCAGCCUAGAUGAAGUCUUGGCUGAGGAUAUGCACCACUGGUACAAUAAGUUCAUGAGGGAAUCUCCAUCUGGACUAAUUACGCUCUUUGAACUCAAGACCAUGCUACAGAUGCAGGGAAUGUCUGAGGAGGCCAGUGGCUAUGUGGACCAGGUCUUCUUCACAUUUGACAUGGAUGGGGAUGGCUAUAUAGAUUUUGUGGAAUACAUUGCAGCUGUAAGUCUUCUACUCAAAGGAGAAAUAAACCAGAAACUGAAGUGGUAUUUCAAACUCUUUGAUCAGGAUGGAAAUGGCAAGAUUGACAGAGAUGAAAUGGAGACCAUAUUCAAGGCCAUUCAGGACAUUACCCGCAGUUAUGACAUCCCUCCAGAUGAUAUUGUGUCUCUGAUCUAUGAGAGGAUUGAUGUUAACAAUGAAGGUGAGCUGACCCUGGAGGAGUUCAUCACGGGGGCUAAAGAACAUCCUGAUAUCAUGGAGAUGCUCACCAAAAUGAUGGACCUUACCCAUGUCUUGGAGAUCAUAGUUAAUGGACAGAAAAAGAAGGAAUGACUGCUCAUGCAUAUCAUGCAUUGGACAAUGAAAGGACCCCCUCCCACUCUGUGGCUUAAAACAAAGCAUAAAACAGACUUGCUUAAUAAAGUGUAAAUCUUGCCAGCAGCAUUUCAAAGGUGGACACGAGUGACGAUCAUCAUCUCUGAUUGUCUUUCAAACACAUUCUUUCCAUCUCUGUGCCUCCUGAUGUUCAGUGAGGGGAGCUCUCUGUCUGACCCUUUGGCAUUCAAAUGACGCUCCUGUUCUGAAAAUAUAUUUCUUGCAGGCAGAAAUGACACAAGAGGAGAAUAACUUUGAUUAGUGUGUUAUUUAUUUGCAGGGGUGCGAUGUGCAUGUAAACCACACACUCUCAAAGUAUGAAUAUCAUUGAUAUUUAUAUAUGACAUUGUUUUAAGCACAUUAAAGAAAGGUUGCAUAAGCACACUUUUGAAUAAAAAUAUUUACCAAAAAGAAGGUUAUAUGUUUUAUAAAUUAUAAAACAAUAGAUGUACUCUUCAAAAUUAAAAGAAAAAGCAUCUAGACACUUCCAUGUUGCCAAACAUUGAUCAUGUCCAUAGUUAAUGUGAUGAACUACAUCUGUGGUUACAGAAUUCAUAUAUCCACUAAAAGAAAUCUUUAGAUUAAAAUGAAUUGCAAAAAUUGCUAGUAUAAGUGAAGUUACUUCUGAGAAAAGGCCUAGCAUAAUUUGUUUGCAGAUACCACUUUAUAUUGAACUUGCAUUUAUGUGUGGCUUCAGUGUCCAAAUAUUUUUGGGGUUGACAAUAUAUGAAGGGGCCAGAGUUAUAUAUAUAUAUUUGUACAGUUUUUUCUAUUGUUAUCUGUAAUAUAUACUUUGACUUUCCACAUAUUGUGCUUAAUCAUAGACAGUUCUGCAAAUAUAACUGGUAAACGUUGCCUUAUUAUAUCAAUAAAUGUA